GCUUUGAGAAGGGGACUUGCAGAGUUUGGACAAGAGCUCCCGACACGGCAGCUGAGCUGAGCUCCUUCAUAACUUCAGAACAAGAGUGUGAGCUCCUUCAAACUUCAGAACAAGAGUGUGAGAAGCUCAGAAGGUCCAAAAGGACGGUGGAGGUCACAUUGAAGGGAGCGAGAGCAUCUUUGACAGCAUCUAAACUUUUCCACCGUUUUUCUCCUUUAAAAAAAGGAAGACAAUAUUGGCUUUUUCAUCACUAUCUUGUUACUGUUUUUAGCGAGCCAAUGUCUCUCCCUUUACCUCAAGAUUCAUCCUGAGGUUCUGAGCGGAGACACAAACUAUUACAACUUUGUUGGCGACACGUCAUAGACCGUUCGGUCUGAAAAUGGGCAUCAAGCGUGUGCCAUUGUUGCUUGUGCAGGUACUUCUCCUGGUGGCUGUGUCCUCCGGGCAGAACACGGGGACCGAGGGGACAAAAGAGGAGAUCCCAGAAGGAGCGUCCACCCUGGCGUUCGUCUUUGAUGUCACCGGCUCCAUGUACGAUGAUCUCGUGCAGGUUAUUGAAGGGGCAUCCAAGAUUUUGGAGAUGUCGCAGAGUAGAACAAAGAGACCCCUCUACAACUAUGCAUUGGUUCCCUUCCACGACCCGGAAAUAGGACCGGUAACCAUCACAACGGAUCCAAAGAAGUUUCAGUUUGAACUGAGGGAGCUGUACGUCCAGGGAGGUGGAGACUGCCCAGAAAUGAGCAUUGGCGCCAUCAAGAUCGCCCUGGAGAUCUCCCUGCCAGGGUCCUUCAUUUACGUGUUCACAGAUGCUCGAUCCAAAGACUACAAGCUGACCCAGGAGGUCCUGCAGCUCAUCCAGCAGAAACAGUCUCAGGUGGUGUUUGUGCUGACAGGGGACUGUGAUGACCGGGCUCACAUUGGGUACAAGGUCUACGAAGAGAUCGCCUCCACCAGCUCUGGACAGGUGUUCCACCUGGACAAGAAACAAGUCAACGAGGUGUUGAAAUGGGUGGAAGAGGCAGUGCAGUCGUCCAAGGUCCACCUGCUGUCCACUGACCACUACAACGGGGUCAGCAACACCUGGCCGAUCCCCUUUGACCCCAGCCUGAAGGAGGUCACUGUGGCACUCAGCGGCCCUGCACCUGACAUCGAGAUACGCAACCCCCAGGGGAAGCUCGUCGGGAAGAGCGAUGGUCUGACGGAACUCCUGCACAUUCCUAACUCUGCCAGAGUCGUCAACAUCAAGGAUCCGGAGCCUGGAAUGUGGUCCAUUAAGACGUCUAGCGAGGGCAGACACUCAGUCCGGAUCUCAGGAGUCAGCACCAUCGACUUCCGGGCCGGAUUUUCCAGGAAGCCCACUCUGGACUUCAAGAUGACCUCCAGCCGGCCAGUUCAAGGUAUCGCCACUUACAUCCUGCUGAACACCACAGGGCUGUCCCAUCCGGCGCGAGCUGAUAGGCUGGAGCUUGUAUCAAUCACAGGCGGUGUGAUUAAGACUCUCCCAGUGCGGUACUAUCCCAACACUGGGACGGGAAGUCCCCUGACAGGAACCAUCUGGAACAUCACAGAGUUUGUCCCGCCGAAAGAGGCCUUCUUCCUGCGGGUCACAGGUUAUGACAAGGACGGCUUCCUGUUCCAGAGGGUCUCCAGUGUGUCCUUCUCCAGUAUUGUUCCUGAUGCACCUAAGGUUGUGAUGCCCCCCACCACCCCGGGGUACUACCUGCAGAGAGGGACCAUCUCCUGCCAGGUAGACAGCCUCCUCCCCUUCACCCUGCGCUUCACCAGGGAGGGGAAAAGCCUGGGUGUCGAUCAGCUCUUCAGGGAGUCAGCCAAUGCAUUGUGGGACCUGGCCCAGGUGACUCUGACGGAUGAGGGCUUCUACGAGUGCAUCGCCAUCAGCAACGCUGGGACAGGACAUGCCCGAACCUUCCUGGAUGUCUCAGAGCCCCCUCCAGCAAUCACAGUGGGCGGUAAUGUGACAGCGACUCCAGGUUCCAGUGCUGUUCUGACCUGCCAUGUGGCCAGUACGGUCCAGUUCAACCUGACCUGGCACAGAGGGGGUGUUGACGCCCGGCUAGACCCCCGCCGGCGCCCCCUGGCCAACCUCUCACUGGACAUAAACUCCAUUGGCCCCGACGACGCCGGCUGGUACGAGUGUGUCGCCACCAACGAGGGAGGAGUUUCAAUCGAACGCAUCUACCUCAUCGUGCAAGAGCCCCCCCAGGUGUCAGUGGACCCCCGGCACCAGACCUUUACCACGGGACAAGAAGUGAGGAUCAGGUGCUCGGCCAGAGGUUACCCCGCCCCCCACCUGGUCUGGACACACAACGACAUGUUCCUCAUGGGUUCCAGCAGACACAGAAUGACCCCUGAUGGGAGUCUGAUCAUCAGGAACAUGGAACAGAAGGAUGCUGGGGUGUACGGCUGUCUGGCCAGCAACCUGGCUGGGACAGACACUCAAACAUCCGUCCUCACCUAUAUCGAGUCCCCUGUGGUGAUCGUGGUGCUGAGUGAGAUUCUGAUUGGUCUAGGAGAAACCACCAUCUUGGCAUGCUCCGCCUCAGGGAUCCCCCAGCCGGAGAUCAGGUGGUUCAAAGGCGACCUGCUGCUGCGGCCAUCAUCCUACAUGGAUAUUGACCCCCUGGGAGGGACUCUGACGAUCAAGGAGACACAGGACGUUGACGCGGGGGACUACACCUGUGUGGCUGCGAACCCUUCAGGAACCUCCUCACCUGGGAAGAUCACCCUGGAUGUAGGAUCUGCACCCCAGUUCACCAGAGAACCGUCUGACGUGGCGGCGGACAUUGGCUCUAACGUGACCCUGCCGUGCCACGUGCAGGGGUACCCCGAACCCCAGAUCACCUGGAGGAGGGAGGACAACGCACCCAUCUUCACCAGACGCCCCACACACAGCACCAUCACACAGAAGACAGGAGGGGACCUGCAAAUCAGCAAUCUGUGGGUGGAGGAUGAGACGGUGUAUGUGUGUGAGGCCCAGAACCAGUUUGGGAGGAUCCAGACACACGCCAGAAUCACUGUCACCGGACUGGUGUCCCCGGUGAUUGGCCACAGUCCGGGGGUGCUGAAUGUGAUCAAGGAGCAGCAGGUGACUCUGCCCUGUGUGCUGCUGGCGGGAAACCCCCUACCUGAGAGACGCUGGCUACACAACCACGGCCUGGUGAGCUCCAGCCCGUAUGUGACGGUGCGUAGAGACGGCAGCCUGCAUAUAGAACAUGUUCGUCUGGAGGAAGGAGGGGAAUACACCUGCCUUGCAGAGAACGUGCUGGGCUCCAGCAACCGCACCACCACCCUCAACAUCUAUGUGAUGCCUACCAUCCAACAUGGCCCUCAGGUCUUCAAAACAGACAGAGAGACAGAUUUGAGAGAGAGAGAGACCCUACCCUGUCGUGCCGACGGAGUGCCCACGCCCGACAUCACCUGGUCCAAGCGAGGGGAGCUGUUGAACGUCGGUGGUCUGUCUUUCUCUCUGGGGUCUGACGGCAGCCUCCACAUCACCUCCCCCACCGGGGAAGAGUCUGGGGAGUUUGUCUGCACUGCAACCAACGCAGCCGGCUACAGGUCCAAGAAGGUCCAGCUCACUGUCUACGUGCGUCCCAGGCAGAGCGGGGUCUCUGGAGGGGUGGGGAGCAACGGUGGGGCCCUGGAGGUGUCUGUCAUUGAGGGAGAGGACGUGACCCUGCCCUGUGAGGUCCAAAGUAUCCCCCCUCCAAUCAUCACCUGGGCCAAGGAGAAACAGCUCAUCUCCCCCUUCUCACCCAGACACACGCAGCUGCCCUCUGGUUCCAUGAAGAUCCUGGAGAGCCGAGUAUCAGAUAGUGGUCUGUACGUGUGUGUGGCCUCUAACAUCGCAGGCAACUUCACCCAGAACAUUCUCCUCAGUGUCCUCGUGCCCCCCAGUAUCCAAGCUGGCCCGAGGGUGUUGAAGGUGCAGGUGGAGCAUCCUGUGGAUCUUCCCUGCGUGGCACGGGGGGUUCCACAGCCCUUCCUGGCCUGGCUGAAGGAUGGCGCCGCCCUGGUGGUGGACGGGACACAUUAUAGGACCUCCCUCGAUGGCUCUCUGACCUUAGGCCAGGUGGGGCUGAGUGAUCAAGGGACUUACACCUGCCUGGCCACCAGCAUCGCUGGAAGAGACCAGGCCAAUGUACAGCUGCAGGUGCAAGUUCCCCCUGUGGUUGAUGUCCUGGAGCCCCCCUUCAACAGCCCCCACCAGGAGAGAGUAGCAAACCAGCGCAUCGCCUUCCCCUGCCCAGCCAAAGGCACUCCUACCCCUGUGAUCAAGUGGUUGCGUAACGGUCAGGAGCUGACAGGGAACGAACCCGGUCUGACGAUCAUGGAGGACGGAACCCUUCUCAUACUGGCAUCGGUGUCUCAGCUGGACAACGGAGAGUAUGUCUGCACUGCCGCCAACGAGGCUGGCACCACCCAGAAGAAGUACCAGCUCAAAGUCAACGUGCCCCCAGAUCUCCGUGACAACGGGUCGCCGGGCAACGUGUCGGUGGUUCUGAACCAGCCCACCAACCUGGUGUGUGAUGUCACAGGAAGUCCUGUUCCCGUCAUCACCUGGUACAAGGAUGGCGUUCCUGUGGUUCCCAGUAGCAGUGUUCAGAUCUUGCAGCGUGGGAAGACCCUGAGGCUAUUGAAGGCCGCCAUGGCAGACACAGGAAGUUAUAGCUGCAAGGCCAUAAACAUCGCAGGAAGUACAGAGAAGGACUUCCUUCUGGAAGUGCUGGUCCCCCCCACCAUCGUAGGGACUGGCUCCCCUCGGGAUGUGUCGGCAGUGCUCAACCAGGAGAUCAGUCUGGAUUGUAAGGUCAAAGGAACUCCCUUUCCCACAAUCCAGUGGUACAAAGACAGGAAACUGGUGUUCCUAGGUGACCCCAACAUAGAGGUCAGCAACAAGGGCCAGACAUUGAAAAUAAAGAGUGCUCGCCUCGGAGACCAGGCACACUAUCAGUGUAGUGUCACCAACGCAGCGGGCAAACAGACCAAAGACUUCAACCUCAGUGUCUACGUCCCUCCCACUAUAAAGGGUGGUAACGUGACCUCAGAGGUCACCACCCUCCUGGAUAAUGUAGUAAUGCUGGAGUGUGAGGCGCGCGGCGUUCCGCUCCCCGCCAUCACCUGGUACCGUAACGGAGAGGCCAUCCUGUCCAGCUACCAGGCACAGUACGUGGACCGAGGUCACUUCCUGCGGAUCCCACGCGCCCAGGCAUCUGACACUGGUCAGUUCAGCUGCAGGGUCACCAGUGUGGCGGGCACUGCAGAGAAGAACUUUGAGCUGGACGUGUACCUUCCUCCUUCCAUCAAGGGGGGGCAGGACACCGCUACAGAGAGAAAGGUGGUACUCACUAAGCCCCUUAACCUGGAGUGUGAGGUAGGGGGGCACCCUCCACCCACCCUGACAUGGUUGAAGGAUGGCGUACCCGUCCGGAAUGGGGAGAGCAUCAACAUUCUGGAGCAAGGCCGGAAAAUCGAGAUCCUCUCUGCUUCUGUGUCCGACGCCGGCCGCUAUGUCUGCGUGGCAACCAGCGUUGCCGGGGAGAAGGAGAUCAACUAUGACGUCAGUGUCCUAGUUCCCCCUGUGGUAGAGGGAGGGGAGGAGGUCACAGACACCACGGUCAUCAUCAACAACCUCCUGGAACUAGAGUGUCGUGCCACGGGAACACCUUCACCCAUCCUCACGUGGUUUAAGGACGGUCAGCCGGUCAGGCAGGGCGAGGGGGUGAGGGUCACGGCUAACGGCCGUCGGCUGGUCAUCUCUCGGCCCCAGGUCUCAGACACGGCACGCUUCCAGUGUGUGGCAACCAACGAGGCCGGAGACCAUAAGAGGGACUUCAAUGUGGCCGUCCAUGUCCCUCCAUCCAUCCGCUCCACCGGUGCCUCUGAGAGGUCUGUGGUCCUCCACAAGCCCAUCAGCCUCCAGUGUGUUCCCAAUGGCACCCCUCUCCCCAGCAUCACCUGGCUCAAAGAUGGCCGCCCUGUGGACACCGCCCAGGAGCACCUGAAGCUGGAGUCGGCCGGUAGGACACUGCAUAUCACGGAGGCCAGACUAGAGGAUGCUGGGAGAUAUACAUGUGUGGCAACGAACGCAGCAGGAGAGACCCAGCAACACAUCCGCCUCAGUGUCCAUGAGCCUCCAAGCGUCCCUUAUUCUGGAGAGACCUUCAAUGAGACCAUCAUAGCAGGCUACCCCAUCCAGCUGGAGUGCAAGGCCACAGGGAGUCCAGUUCCUGCCAUCACCUGGUACAAGGACGGUCGCCCUCUAACCAGCGCAGCCGGGGUGACCAUCCUGAAGCGUGGUCAGCUGCUGGAGAUCGACCGUGCUCAGCUGUCCGACGCCGGCCUGUACCGGUGUAUAGCGGUCAACGUGGCCGGAACCUCAGAGCUCUCUCACAGGUUGCAGGUGUACGUGCCCCCUGCCAUCUCCAGCCGCAGUGCCAUGGUGACGGUGGUGGUGAACGACCCUGCCAGACUGGAGUGUGAGGCCACCGGCGUUCCUCUGCCAAGUCUCACCUGGCUCAAAGAUGGCAGCCCUGUUGCCAGUGUCUCCGAUGGCAUACAGGUGUUGUCCGGUGGUACAGUGCUGUCUCUCAGCAGUGCUCAGGUCAGUGAUACAGGGAAGUACACCUGUGUGGCCGUCAACGCAGGAGGAGAGCAGCAGAGAGAAUAUGACCUGAGGGUGUACGUGCCACCCAACAUCAUGGGUGAGGAGGUGAAUGCCACUGUAAUGCUGGGUCGCUCGGUAGAGCUGCGUUGCCAGAGUGACGCGAUCCCUCCUCCCACUCUGUCCUGGCGCAAAGAUGGCCGCCCGCUCUUCAGGAAGCCAGGACUGACCGUGUCGGAGGAUGGGAGUGUGCUGAAGAUUGACAGUGCUCAGGUGCAGGACUCCGGCAGAUACACCUGUGAGGCCACCAAUAUCGCUGGCAAGACUGAGAAGAACUACAACCUCAAUGUCUGGGUCUCUCCCAGUAUCCGGGGUUCAGAGGAUGUGUCUCCCAUGACAGUGAUUGAGGGAAGUCUGAUCACUCUGGUGUGUGAGUCCAGUGGCAUUCCACCUCCCAGCCUCACCUGGCGCAAGAACGGUUCAGAGUUGAAGUCGGACUCGAGGGUCCGGGCCCUGUCAGGGGGUCGUCAGCUACAGAUCUCCGGUGCUGAGAGGACAGACUCCGCCUCUUACACCUGCAUCGCCUCCAAUGCCGCCGGCAACGCAGUCAAGGAGUACAGCCUGCAGGUGUAUGUCCGCCCUUCCAUCAGACUCAGUGAGGGGACCGCAGGAAAUGACAUCACCAUGACGAGGGGAGGAGACAUCACCCUGCAGUGCGAGGCUGACGGCGUGCCCCGCCCAGCGGUCACAUGGCUGAAGGACGGUAGACCAAUCACAGGCCAGCGUGGGGCUCAGGUGCUAAAUGAGGGGCGGCUACUACAAAUCAAGGACGCCAAGGUUUCGGACACGGGGCGCUACACGUGUGUGGCGGUGAAUGUGGCGGGACAGGCCGACAGCAAGCAUGAUGUCAAUGUACAUGUCCCCCCCAGUAUCAGUGGUCAGACCCAGGUCCCAGAGAAUGUGAGUGUGGUGGUGAACAACCCUGUGGCUCUGACCUGUGAGGCCUCCGGCAUCCCCCUUCCUGCUAUCACCUGGCUGAAGGACGGACGGCCAAUCAGAGCCUCCAGCUCUGUCCGCGUCCUCUCAGGAGGGCGGAACCUUCGUCUGAUGCACGCAGCAGUGGAGGAUGCUGGGAGAUACAGCUGCAUUGUGUCCAACACGGCCGGAGAGGAGAGGAAGAACUUUGACCUGGACAUCCUGGUCCCCCCUAGCAUUGUGGAUGAAGGCACGGUGCAGGAUGCCAAGGUCAAGGAGAAACACAAUGUGACACUGACCUGUGAGGUUGCAGGUAACCCAGUGCCGGAGAUCACCUGGCUGAAGGACGGACAGUCAUUAGGGACAGACAGACGUCACCAGGUGUUGUCUCACGGUCGGUACCUGCAGAUAUCUGGUGCCCAGGUGGACGACACGGGCAGGUACAGCUGCCUGACACACAACAGAGCAGGAGACCGCAGCAGACACUUCAACCUCAAUGUACUGGUGUCUCCCACCAUCGUGGGCUCAGGUCCCGAGGGUUCGGCUGAAGAGGUGACGGUCACCCUGAGCAGCCCCACGUCUCUGGUGUGUGAGGUGCAGUCCUACCCCCCUGCCCUCAUCACAUGGCUCAAGGAUGGGACGCCGUUGGAGUCCAGCCACAACGUCCGAGUGCUGCCAGGUGGGCGGACCCUGCAGAUCCUGAAUGCCAAGGAGGAGGAUGCUGGGAGGUACACUUGUGUGGCCACUAAUGAGGCUGGAGACAGCCUGAAGAACUACGAGGUCAAAGUUUACAUUCCUCCCCAAAUCAAUAAGAAUGAUGUCCCAGGUGAGGGGCUGGCCCCCAAGGAGGUCAAGAUAAAGGUCAACAACACUCUGACCCUGGAGUGUGAGGCUCAGGCCAUCCCUACACCCUCACUGCAAUGGUACAAAGACGGACAGGUGCUAAGGGCAGAUGACCAUGUGACAAUUAAUGCCAACGGUCGUACUGUCAGGAUCAAACAUGCUCAGGUGUCCGACACUGGACGCUACACCUGCGUAGCAACCAACAUCGCCGGGGAGGACGAGAAGGACUUUGAUAUAAAUAUACAAGUCCCUCCUAGUUUCCAGCGUCCCGGGGGGGUGGGAGAUACCACCUCGACACCAGGCACUGGGGGUGAUGUUAAGGAUGUGGUACUAAACAACCCUAUCUCUCUGUACUGUGAGACCAACGCUGUUCCCCCGCCCACACUCACCUGGUACAAAGAUGGACGCCCAAUGGCCUCCAACGAAAACGUGCUCAUCAUGCCUGGUGGGCGAGUGCUGCAGAUCCCCAGGGCUCAGGCUGAGGAUUCUGGGAGAUAUACGUGCUUGGCGGUGAACGAGGCGGGAGAGGACUCCAUCCAGUAUGAUGUCAGAGUGCUGGUGCCCCCCUCAAUCCGCGGGGUGGACCGUGACCUACCUGAGGAGAUGGUGAUCCAGGUGAAUAAGACCACAGUGUUGGAGUGUCAAGCGGACGGAAGUCCCACCCCUAAAAUCACCUGGCUGAAGGACAGUCAGCCAAUAAGCCUUAAAGGACCCCACAGACUGCUGUCCAAUGGACGCUCCCUGCAGGUGGUGAAUGCCCAGGUGACAGACACAGGCCACUAUGUGUGUGUGGCUGAUAACCUGGCGGGAAGCGCAGAGAAAUCCUUCAAUCUCAACGUCCAUGUCCCCCCCACCAUAGUGGGAGCUAGCCCAGAGAACGUGACGGUGGUGGUGAAUAACUUUGUGUCUCUGACUUGUGAGGCUACCGGGUUCCCCCCUCCCUCUCUGAGCUGGGUCAAAGACAGGGGUCCUGUACAGGCCAAUACCAACGCACUCAUCAUGCCAGGUGGACGCACCCUGCAGAUUCUGAGGGCUAAGAUGUCUGACGGGGGGAUGUACAGCUGUGUAGCCAUGAACCCCGCUGGAGAGGCCAGGAAACUCCUCCACCUCACUGUGUUUGUCCCUCCCAGUAUCAGAGACAGCAGUGGGGACUCUCCUGUGGUGGUGAGUGUGCGUGUGGGCAACUCAGUGACUCUGGAGUGUGAGUCCAACGCUGUGCCCCCUCCCACCAUCACCUGGUACAAGAACAGUCGGAUGGUGACAGAGUCUGCCAACCUCCGCAUCCUGGCACAGGGACAGAUGCUGGAGCUGAAGGGGGCAGAGGUGUCUGACACUGGCCAGUACGUCUGCAAGGCCACCAACGUGGCCGGACAGGUGGACAAGAACUUCCACCUCAACAUCUACGUGCCCCCCAAUAUAGACGGUCCAGUGGAGGAGAAGAUAGUGGAGACCAUCAGCAACCCUGUCACCUUUGCCUGUGACGCCACGGGCAUCCCCCAUCCCAGCCUCAUCUGGCUCAAGAACGGUCGGACCAUAGAGAACUCAGAGUCUCUGGAGCUGCACAUCCUGUCUGGAGGCAGUAAGCUGCAGAUCGCCCGCUCCCAGCUCUCAGACUCUGGCACCUACACCUGUAUGGCUUCCAACGUGGAAGGCAAGGCUCGAAAGAGUUACCACCUCACCAUACAAGUCCCUCCCAGCAUCUCAGGAUCGGAGAUGCCCAGUGAGGUGGGGGUGCUGCUGAAUGACAGCGUCCAGCUGGUGUGUCGCUCUCAGGGAACCCCGCCCCCAUCCAUCCAGUGGCUGAAGGAUGGAAAGGCCCUCAAGGCAGGAUCCAGGGGACUCAGGAUCAGUCUAGAUGGCAGCACUCUGACUGUGUCUGGAGCUCACACCUCUGACAGUGGGAAGUACACCUGUGUAGCCACCAACAAGGCUGGAGAAGAGGACCGGAUAUUCAACCUCAAUGUCUAUGUGCCUCCUGUGAUCAAGGGGAACAGUGAUACGGCUGUGGAUUUGACCACCGUUCUAGACAGCUCCAUCAACAUAGAGUGUGUUGCCGUGGGCUACCCUCCACCUCAGCUCAACUGGCUGAAGAACGGACUGCCUCUCCCUUAAUGCAGUGGGAUUAAUGUGUUGUUCCAUUCUGCCUCUGUCAGGAUUGCGAGGGCUCAAGUCUCAGACGGCGGCACCUUUACCUGUGUGGCAUCCAACAGGGCUGGUGUGGACAACAGGCACUACAACCUACAGGUUCACGUUCCUCCCAGCCUGGAUGGGGUGGGGAGUAAGGAGGACGUGACGGUGGUGAGAGGGAACCUGGCCUCCCUACUAUGUAUAGCUGAUGGAACUCCAAGCCCCUCCAUGUCCUGGAUGAGAGAGGGGGAGGCCCUGGUCCCUGGACCCCACGUCAAGCUGCUCAAUGUGGGCACCACGGUACAGAUCAUCCAGGCCAGGGUGGAGGAUACGGGACGCUACACCUGUGUGGCAAGAAACAGCGCUGGCCAAGCCAGCCGACACUUCCACCUCAAAGUACUGGACCCCCCUCGUAUCAACGGUUCGGGCGUGGCAGCGGAGGUGUCUGUGGUAGUGAACCAUGUUCUGGAGCUGCUGUGUGAAGCCACAGGUAUCCCCGCCCCCACCCUCACCUGGAUGAAGGACGGACGGCCGCUCCCCCAGACAGACAGCCUGCGCGUCCUCAGAGGAGGGGAGGUGCUCAGGAUCUCCUCCCCACAGCUGGAGGACACAGGGAGGUACACCUGUCUGGCCAACAGUCCUGCAGGAGACGACGAUAAAGACUUCCUGGUCCGCGUGCAUGUUCCCCCUAACAUCGCUGGGGAGAGCACGCCACAGAAUGUGUCAGUGCUGCAGAACAGACAGGUGACUCUGGAGUGCAAGUCAGACGCUGUCCCUCCCCCAGCACUCACAUGGCUCAAAGACGGCAAACCACUCCAGGCCUCCCCUCGUGUGCGUAUACUGUCCAAUGCGCGUUACCUCCAGAUCAAUAUGGCUGAGCUGGGGGAUGGAGCUCAGUACACAUGUGUAGCCAGCAACAUUGCUGGCAAGACCACACGACAGUUCAACCUGGCUGUUAAUGUUGCUCCCACCAUAGCAGAGGGCCCUCUGACUGUAGCCGUCCACAUAGACCAGCCUGUGGUGUUGGAAUGUAUCGUGAGUGGAGUGCCCGCCCCCCGUGUCACCUGGAGGAAACAUGGAGCCAUACUGGCAGGAACCAACCCCAGGUACAUGUUUGCUGAGGAUGGCUCACUCCACGUCCCCUCAGCCCAGGUGACUGAUACAGGAAGGUAUCUGUGUAUGGCCACCAACCAGGCUGGGACACAACGCAAGAGAGUCGACCUGCAAGUCCACGUUCCCCCCUCUAUCUCCCGCGGUCCCACCAACAUAACCGUGACAGUGAACGUUCAGACUACCCUCUCCUGCGAGGCUACGGGCAUCCCCAAGCCCACGGUCAGCUGGACCAAGAACGGUCAAACACUCAACACAGACCACAACCAGAAUAUGUACAGGUUAUUGUCGUCAGGUUCUCUGGUGGUCAUAGCCCCCACAGUGGAGGACACAGCUGAGUAUGAGUGUGUGGUGUCUAACGAGGCAGGAGAGGAGGCCAGAGCCAUACAGCUCACUGUCCAGGUUCCUCCCUCCAUAGCGGAUGAAGCCACAGAGCUGGUGGUGAGCAGACUGUCCCCACUGGUGAUUGGCUGCACUGCGUCAGGAGUCCCAGAGCCCAUGCUGCACUGGAGUAAAGAUGGGAUGAAACUCCCCAAGGAGGGGAACAGUUACAGCAUCCUGUCCUCAGGUGCAAUAGAGAUCACGUCAUCUGAGCUGACUCACUCUGGUCGUUAUUCCUGUGUGGCCAAGAACGCAGCAGGCUCCGCCCAUCGCCAUGUCCAGCUCACUGUACAGGGUAAGGACAUGAUGUCACCAAGUCCGCCAAGACUUUUUAGAGAUGUAUUUGGCAUCAACAACCCCAUCACCCUCCCCUGUCAGAGUCUGUCUGGCUCUGUCUGUCCUCUUCCCACCAUCACCUGGCAGAAAGAGGGCAUCAACAUCCCCAGCACCGAAGGUGUCUUCACCGUGCUGCCUAACGGUGGGCUGCAGAUCUCCAGAGCUGCUGUGGUAGACUCAGGAACAUAUAUGUGUGUGGCCCAGAACCCUGCUGGCACCGCUCUGGGCAAGACCAAACUCAAAGUACAAGUCCCUCCAGUGAUCAGCUCCCAGACCCAGAGUUACCUGGUUACCCUGGACUCCUCUGUCACCAUGCUGUGCCAAGCUGAAGGCUCUCCUUCACCCUCCAUGGCCUGGCAUAAAGACGGGCAGCCUCUCAGCGAGUCUGUGCGCCAGCGGGUCCUGAGCUCAGGGUCUCUGCAGAUAGCAUUCGCCCAGCCCGGGGACACGGGUCGAUACACCUGCACCGCAGCUAACGCAGCUGGCACCAGCAGUCUGGAGAUGAGCCUAACUGUACAGAUCCCUCCCUCUAUCCGUAGAGGGGAGUCGGAGGUGUCUGUGGUGGAGAACAGCCAGGCCCAGAUAGCGUGCGUGGCAGAGGGCGUCCCCCAGCCCACCCUGUCCUGGGAGAAGGAGGGGACCCCCUUGAGCGACACCUCUGGAGAGUACACCAUCCUGCCUUCUGGGGAGCUGGUCAUCGACAUCGCUCAGCCUGAUGAUGAGGGCAGCUACACCUGUGUGGCCACUAACAUGGUAGGUCAGGACAGCCAGACGGUCCGUUUGUCCGUCCACACCCAGCCUGCCUUCACUGAGCUGCUGGCAGACAUGGCCCUCAACAAGGGAGAGCGCCUAGUAAUGGCCUGUGGGGUCACCGGCAUCCCCCCUCCUAAAAUCACCUGGGCCUUCAACAACAUCAUCAUCCCAGCUCACUAUGACCAUGUGAAUGGACACAGUGAGCUGGUCAUCGAGCGGGUUACCAAAGACAACUCGGGAACCUACUCCUGUAUUGCUGAGAACCGUGUGGGAACCAUCAAGUCCCUGGGCUUCGUCUACGUCAAAGAGCCCCCCAUCAUCGACGGGGACUUCCACUCCAACCGAAUCGAGCCUCUGGGGGGUAACGCCAUCCUAAACUGUGAGGUACGAGGAGACCCCCUGCCCACCAUCCAGUGGAGCAAGAAGGGUGUCAACAUCCAGAUCAGCAACCGUAUCCACCAGCUGGACAACGGUUCUCUGGCCAUCUACGGCACCGUGAAUGAAGAUGCAGGGAACUAUAUGUGUGUGGCCACCAACGAUGCUGGGGUGGUGGAGAAGAGUGUCACUCUCACCCUGCAGAGCUCUCCCUCCAUCACAGUAGAGCCGGUAGAGACGGUGGUAGACGCUGGCACCACGGUGCUACUGAACUGCCGGGCAGAAGGGGAGCCCACUCCUGUCAUCGAGUGGUCCCGCCAGGGGAGCCCUCUCCUGGGCAACGAGCGCUUCACCACCCUGUCCAACGGCUCUCUGAGGCUGACCAGCGCCCAGAAGGAAGACACGGCCGAGUACCAGUGUGUGGCCAGGAACCUCCUGGGUUCUGUGCUGGUCAGAGUCACUCUCACUGUCAGAGUGCACGGAGGGUUCUCAGAAUGGAUGGAGUGGGGCCCCUGCAGUGUGUCCUGUGGUGUCGGGACUCAGCGGAGGCUGAGGCAGUGUAACAACCCCCUGCCUGCCAACGGGGGUCGCCACUGUGCCAAUUCGGACACAGAGACACGCAGCUGCCAGGGCAAGCCCUGCCCAGUGGAUGGUAACUGGUCAGAGUGGUCGUCGUGGGAAGAGUGUUCUCGUACCUGUGGCCAGGGCAACAGGACCAGGGUGCGCACCUGCACCAACCCCUCCGUGCAGCAUGGGGGCAGACCCUGUGAGGGCAAGGCAGUGGAGGCCAUCAUGUGUAGCAUCAGGCCCUGCCCUGUGGCAGGUAACUGGGGGGCGUGGUUGCCAUGGAGCUCGUGCAGUGAGACGUGCGGUAAAGGGAUGCAGACCAGAGUGCGUCUGUGUAACAACCCCCCUUCCUCAUUCCACGGGCCACCGUGUGAGGGCCCCGACACACAGACACAACUCUGCAAGGAGAGACACUGUCCUGUGGAUGGGAAGUGGUCAUCGUGGGUGAGCUGGGGGGCCUGCAGUGUCUCCUGUGGGGGUGGAACCAGACAACGGACACGCCUCUGUGCCAGCCCCGCCCCCCAGCACAGGGGCAGGCAGUGUGAGGGUAACGACGUGCACAUCGACUUCUGCAACAGUGACCCGUGCCCUGUUCAUGGUAACUGGGGUCUGUGGAGUAGUUGGGGCAGCUGCAGCAGGACGUGUAAUGGAGGACAGAUGAAGCGUUACAGAACAUGUGACAACCCCAGACCCGCCAAUGGGGGCAGAGCAUGUGCCGGGGCAGACUCACAGAUACAGAGGUGCAGCACAGCCAACUGCCCUGUGGAUGGUAACUGGGGAGCGUGGCAGCCCUGGGGAGAAUGCUCCGCCUCCUGUGCGGGCGGAGAGAGAACUCGAGUCAAACUCUGUAAUAACCCGUCACCUAGCAACGAGGGCCGCCUCUGCCCGGGAGACUCCACCCAGGUGUCCAGGUGUAACGGCCAAGCGUGUCCAGGCGGGCCUCAGAAGGCGAGAGGCAGCAUCAUAGGAAACAUUAACAACGUGGAGUUUGGAAUUGCCGUCCUCAACGCCACCAUCUCUGACAACCAAUCUGGAGGCAGGGUUAUACACGCCACCAUCUCCAAUGUGCCUCGGAGCCUGGGCCCAGCUAUGAGGAAGCUGAUCUCCAUCCUGAACUCCAUCUAUUGGACGACGGCUCAGGAGUUAGGGGAGGCAAUGAACGGCUACUCUCUGACCAGAGGUGUGUUCAGACGGGAGACACAGGUGGAGUUUGCCACAGGUGAGAUCCUGAGGAUGACCCAUGUGGCUCGGGGGCUGGACUCAGACGGAGCACUGCUAUUGGAUAUUGUGCUGAACGGACACAUUCUGCAGCUGCCGUCUAAUGCUGACAUCAGCAUCAAGGACUACACAGAGGACUACAUUCAGACUGGUCCAGGCCAGCUGUAUGCUCUGUCCACCCGGAUGUUCAGUAUUGACCGGGUCAGUGUGCCCUACUCCUGGAACCACACAAUCACCUACGACCCUGCCAAGGGAAAGAUGCCCUACCUGGUGGAGACGCUCCAUGCCUCGGCCAUCAGCGCCCACUACCGCCCCCUAGAGGAAGUCCUGGAAUACAAGCUCCACGCCACCAUCACCAAGGGUGACCGUAGUAACCAGUGUCCCGUUGGCUUCAGGCUGGACUCUGCAGGACCCUACUGUGCAGAUGAGGAUGAGUGUAAGGAGAGGAGCCCUUGUUCUCAUGUCUGUCACAAUGCCAUGGGAACCUACUAUUGCUCCUGUCCCCGAGGACUCACCAUCUCAGCUGACGGCAGGACCUGUCAGGACAUUGAUGAGUGUUCUCUGGGUGGGCACAUGUGCCAUGACGGGCAGGACUGUGAGAACACCAUUGGCUCCUACCGCUGUGUGAUGCGCUGUGGGCGGGGCUUCAGAAGGACAGCUGAUGGACACAGUUGCCAAGAUGUCAAUGAGUGCCAGGAGUCUAACCCGUGUAACCAGCACUGUCUGAACACCAUCGGUAGCUACCGCUGUGCCUGUGAGCCCGGGUACCAACUCAGGAACCGCCGCUGUAUAGACAUAAACGAGUGCAGACAGAGGGUGUGUCGUUCAGACCAGCAGUGUAAGAACAUGCGGGGAAGCUACACCUGUAUUGACCUUUGCCCUGCUGGCAUGACCAAAGGUGCCAACGGGACGUGUGUGGAUAUAGAUGAAUGCAGAGACGGGACACAUCAGUGCAGAUACAACCAGAUCUGUGAGAACAGCAGAGGGAGCUACCAUUGUACCUGCCCCAGGGGCUAUCGCUCUCAGGGUGUAGGACGCCCCUGUGUGGACAGUAAUGAGUGUGAGCAUGCGCCCCAGCCCUGCGCGCACCAGUGCCUCAACACCCCCGGCAGCUUCAAGUGUGUGUGCCCGCCAGGGCGCCACCUGCUUGGGGAUGGAAAGUCCUGCGCGGGGCUGGAGAAGCUGCCUCCCAGCUACCAGAGCUUCUCAUACGGCUACAGCUCCUCCCAGGACUCCCCUGAGCGGAGCGCCUUCCAGCGCCAGUACCACAGCCUGGCCUCUCAGAGCUACCCCUCCUACGCUGCCACAGGGGGGCGCUAUAGGCAGCGUAGACGCAGGGAGGCCCUGGCCUGUCCGCAGGGGUACGAGGCCAGGGGUGGCCGUUGCCUAGACAUCAACGAGUGUGAGGUGAGGGACACGUGCCAGCAUGAGUGUAUGAACACUCCAGGGAGCCAUAGGUGUCAGUGUCCAGCCGGCUACCGCCUCAUGACCAACGGCAAGACCUGCCAAGAUAUAGAUGAGUGUCUGGAGCAGAAUGUCCAGUGUGGGACCAACAGGAUGUGCUUUAACAUGAGAGGAAGUUACCAGUGUAUCGAUACACCCUGCCCACCUAACUACCAGAGAGACCCAGCAACAGGGUUCUGUCUGAAGAAAUGCCCUCCCAACGACCUGGAGUGUGCACUAAGCCCUUACGCACUGGAGUACAAGCUGCUGUCCCUCCCCUUUGGCAUUGCGGCCAAUCAGGACCUGAUCCGGCUGGUGGCGUACACGCAGGACGGCGUGGUGCACCCCCGUACCUCCUUCCUGGUGGUGGACGAGGACGUGGCGUUACCCUUCGCCCUGCGAGACGAGAACCUGAAAGGGGUACUGUUCACAACCAGGGCCCUCCGAGAGCCCCACACCUUCAGGAUGAAGGUUCGCUCCCUGUCCUACAGCGCUGACGGAGGCAUCGAGUACCAGACCACCUUCAUCGUCUACAUCGCCGUCUCCGCCUAUCCCUACUGAGAGCACUUUAAAGGGAGGGGGUGGGGGGGGGCACUGAAAAGGUUGCGACCUCUGUAUGCAGCACCACUGCGAACGAGCAUGUGUGUGGAUGUAUGUAUGUGUGUGUGUGUGUGGUUGGUUGGUAAAGCUGCCACAUAAGUAAAUGGGAACUAGUAGAAAAAGACUGUUCGUAUAUGAGAACUACUAAGGUGGGACAGGAGAACAGCACUGCAAUCCCAGGAGGCAGAUUAGGAGAUGACUCAACACUCGUCCCUGGUGCACACCAAAGAGUUUACAGAAUAGCGAGUUCCCCUCGGAUGGAAGUAAACUUCUAUUUAUUGGCCAGAUAUCUUAAAUAGAAUCCUGUUCUCUCCAAUGUUAAGGGGCUUUGUGGAACUAAAAUGAAUUGUUUGACUCUCUUGUACUUUACACUGCCCUCUCCCAUCCACAAGGUGUUGUGAUCUUUACAGAUGACCCAGACUGCUUCUCCAGGUCCCAUGAUGAGUCCACCGUUGGUCCAGAAUGUAGUCUUCCUCCCCUCCUCCUCUCCUCAGGCUUAAAGUGGUAGAGACAAGAAACAUUAGCUAGCCUUUAUUUACAUCUACCUAUUAACUUAUUGGGAAGUGCUUGAAUACCAAAAAAAAAGGGUCAGUUCCCUCCUUUGCGUAACUCUUUGGCUGGUUGGUCGCAAAAUGUUGUGACAUCAGACCGGAGAACAGAGCAAGUCAUUUGAUUGGUCUGAAAUGGUGCCUGUAGAGACUUGUUGGCAAGAGGAGUUUGGCUGUGUAUCAGUCAGACUUAGAUCGACAUUGCACCAUUGUAUCACAUCUCUAUGGUCAAACUCUUGCCCACCUCAGGUAAUCACCCCUCUUCCUCAUCCCCAGAGUCCAUUACCUGUGUCCCCGAUAGGAACAGUAGUGGUCAUUACUUCAUUACAGUCAAUACAAUCACAACAUUAAAGGUUCAUAGGAUUCUUUUAACCACUUCCUCCUUAGUCAGUUACCAAGAUGUAUUCUAUUUUUAUGAUUUGUAUAGAAGUGUUGGAUUUCUCUUGUAAUGUAUUUUCUAUACUGUAUUUUACUGUAUUACAUUUUUAUAAAAAAUAAAAGAUAUACAAUCAUGA